CUCUGUUUUCCAGCUCUUUUAUUUGCGAUUCUACACUCACAUCUUCAUCAUGACAACUGAGGUGGCUUUUGACACGUCUAUGGGCUCCUUCUCCGUGGAGCUCUACAAUACCCAUGCGCCCAAGACAUGCAAGAACUUUUCGACCCUCGCCGAACGUGGCUACUACAACAAUGUCAUCUUCCAUCGCAUCAUUCCUGACUUCAUGGUCCAAACUGGUGAUCCUACUGGCACCGGUCGGGGAGGUAGCUCCAUCUACGGCGAGAAAUUCGAGGACGAGAUUCGAGGAGAGCUGAAACACACCGGCGCUGGAAUUCUGAGCAUGGCGAACAGUGGACCAAAUACCAAUGGUAGUCAGUUCUUCAUCACUCUUGCGCCAACACCCUGGCUGGACGGGAACCACACGAUUUUCGGCCGAGUGAAAAGUGGCAUGAGAGUGAUCCAGCGUAUGGGACUAGUCAAGACCGGUGCGGAGGACAAGCCAGUGGAUGAGCUGAAGAUCAUUCGGGCUCGGGUGGUUGAAGCAGGCACACAAGAGUGAGAGUCACGCGGUGCGGCUUAUUCCAUCGGGUUACGGUGGAUGGUCAUGCACAUCAAGUAUCUUCUCCCUGAAAAAGCGGGUGUUGCCCAAUUUGGAGAUUUUAGAUUCCAUCUGCGAUGCGGGUUGCAGGCAUCACCUUCGGUGCGCCCGGACCAAGUCAUGCUAGGGCAGCAUUGUCUUGCUGUUGUCUCAAGGUGCUAUGAAAGCCUCCUGGACUCUACAAACUACAAUAUCAGAGUGGCAGAGCAAGCUACCACUCUAAUAAUGAGAUUAUGGAUGUAUCACUACAAAACGAACCGCUUCCAUCAAAUGUCUCCAUCAAGAGCAGCAGAUACAGAGUGACAAGAAAUCUUAUCUACCACUCCCAAACGAAGUCCAGUGAAGGACCGCGUCAAUGAAGACCAGGCUACCAUAGUAUAGUAACCCGUUCUGUGCAGAACACCGG